GGCGGAGGCGGCUGCCUGCAAAGUUUGCCACACCUGCGGCGUUGAGAAGGAAAUCGACCAAUUCCGGUCGUUCCGAGGCCCUCGACGGAUUGUCCUGGAUUACGCAGAUUGCCGCAAUCGCGGCAGGCAGCAGAGAGCCGCGUCAAACGUAAGAGUUUCUGCAGCUGCUGCCGUGACCUGCGGACAAGGUCCCGCCUUUGCGCCUCGCCAGAAUCUCACCCACACCGUCCUUGCCCAGCGAUACCACGAAGGCGGCCGUAUCGCUACGGAUACCCCCGAAAUGGCUGCUGCUCGUAGCGAGGUUUCGGAUAUCUAGAGACGCCAUCGCCUCAAGCGUCGCCACGGCGAAGAACCUUCCCAGACCCCGACAAUGAAUAACUUGCUUCGCCAGCAACAAGAGAUCCCGGACCCCGCCGUCGACCUCCCACUCUCUACGCAAUCGAGAGAGCCUAAGCGACUGGCUAACCAGUUUGAAAAUAUGGAAGUUAUCGAUAAUAACCAGCAAGCUAUACUUCCACAACGACGGCCACUACCCUCACCGUCUUCACCUACUCGUGGCCGUCUCCGAGGACGACCGCGCCUUGCACGAAACCCUGUCGGCCGACCCCGUGGUUCUCGUAGACGACGACCCUCCUCCGAACAACAACCCCCCCGCGAAAUUGACGAGCUUCCCCCCCAGUUUACAGGGGCCGAUUAGGAAUCGCCUCUCAACGAGGAGGACCUCGCUAUUAAGACGGAAUUCGACAAGGCACUUGCUGCUGAGGAGAUACAAUACUGCCUACGCUGUAAAGAGCAGUGGUUCGACGUGGAGCCUAAGGCGGAUGGGGUCUGCAAACGUUGCUACGAUAAGAAUGAUAAGAAACGCCAGGACGAGCCUUUUUUCUUCUCUGCUGAGAACAAGCUGGAUUUUGGCAGUAUACCUGAUGAUUUACCCCGUCUUAAGGGCCUGAUCUUCUUGCGAAAAAUGAACCAGUUUUCGCCGUUUUUUGCGAAAAGAGGUGACUUUUCAACCCCUGUUGCAAGCGCUUACGCCAAGAUGUACUGCAUGGGGCCCUGGUUAGUCCAAUUCGCCGUAAAUAGAGUAUUGCCAAGCCCAAGGAGACUCACCGCCUUCGUUGUUCAACGCUGGAUGGUGUGUUCGUUGUCGUGGCCAUAUUCUCUAGUCUGGCCCGUCAAGCUGCCAGAAUGA